AUGACUGAUAGUGACAUUGGAACCCCGGUAUCUGCUUCGCCUGCGAACGAAGCAGCUGCCCAUGAACAACCUGCGUCAGCCUUCAACGUUAUCGACCCUCUCGUGGACGAUUCGUUCAAGGAGACUAAGACAAAGAAGAGAAAGAAGAGCAAAGGGAAGACCGCAGCAGCUCGAGGGGCCACGGCACUACCACAGAGCAGAGGCACUGGCUUGGAAGAAUAUUUUGCCGAUCCUCCCAUGACGUCUCAAGAGGCGAAGGAAGAGGAAGAAAAUAUCUACUCAGCUGACCUGCCUUUCGAAGAGCGCAUUCAAUCUUGCAUCACACGCUUCCGCACUCGCCGCCGUCUGCAGGCCCCGUACAACCGCUACUUUGACGAAUACCUGUUCCUUGGUGGCAUCGACUCCAACCCCAACCCUUUCGGCGGCCAGGACCCAAAAGCACUCAAGAGCCUCACACCAGCGGAGCGACGCGAAGCGACCUCGACGGGCUAUGUCCACCAGGGCCAAGGCGACCAGAAGUUCUACAACGGCGACGAUGAGCACUGGUCUGUGGACUUCGCAGGCGUCGCGGCGGGCUUCUUCUCAAACAUGGUGCCCAAGAUGACUGGACUGGAGGAGACGUCCCUGAAGCAGGCAGUCACAGUUGUUGACAACUUUCUGCGCUACGUGCUUCAGCACGACGUCUGUCCUGAGUACCAGGAAGACGUCAAGAGGGCCAUCCAAGUCUGCGAAGACGCCCUUGUCGAGUGGCAGAUGAUGGUCCGCUUGCAAGGUGCAUUUCCCGGCCUCUUCAAUCUCGCUGCGGCAAAAGUGUUUGGCGUUCACGAAGAGAGUGAUUGGUAUGUGUCCGAUUCUUACAAGGAGGAUGUCGACCCGACUCUUGUGCUCAUGACUUCUCUCGCCUUGCUGGAAAAUCCAAAGGACUUAGCAAAAAUGCCCCGGCCACAUCACAAGGUCAUCCGACAGUUUGACUGCACUGUCGAGAUUAGCGACAUUCAGCGCCUGCUUGAGAUUCUUUGCAAGCGUUUCAAAGGGGUCGAGGUGGAUGGGUCGCCAUUGAGGCUGACCCCUAUUGGCAAAAUCAGAGUCAUCCCUGCCACCAUCGAAGACGAGCUGUUCCAUCCCAAGGUUAGCAACCCGUUCGCUAAGGGCUUCAUGACGCUGUAUUUGGACGACGACAUUCUGGCGAACAUGAAGGUUGGCAUUAAGAUGGAGAUCACGGUCUGUCAGACAGAUUCGGACCUCAAGUUCAUCAAAGCGAUACGCCAGAUUGUGCCGUCAUUCUACACAUUUCUCCCACAGGAGAUGAUGCGGCAGUUUCGCGAGCCGCGCCUAAAUGAUCGACCAGCUAGGUCGGUCCAUGACAUUGUGAAUGAUGGCAGUGCCGAGUGGGAGGCGUACCAGGAGAAGUUGAAGACACAGCAGCUCGAAGCUGUCGCUGAGAAGUGA